GAGUGACAGUGAUAAAUACGCCGACCUACUGGUGUUCGGCUAUGCCUGCAAACUGUUUCCAGACGACGAAAGGGCUCUUUACCACGAGCAAGGAAAACAUCUUAUUCCGUGGAUGGGGGACAAGAGCAUCAUGAUUGAUAGGUCGGUUGAACAAACUUAGACCGAAACAUUAUGCUAACCAUCUAUCCUGUCCGUUAGCCUGUUUCAAAAUUCAAGGGACCACUUGGAGUUUGUCUUGCAGAAGCUUGGAAAUACCUGCUACUGGCGACGAAUGUUUGAUUUCUUGCCUGCUAACUUGGUUUUUGGAUGUCCUGAACUGACAACAAAUGGUAUCUGAAGUUUCUAGAUUAACAUGCGAAGAUGCAACCCCCCUGCCAGUUUAAUACUAUCAGUAUUCACUCAGUUGCCAUUUUUUUAGGCACACCAGCUAAAACUACUGCACUUUAAUACAGCAUUAAUACAGAUAAUCCAGGCAAAUUGAAUUGAAACUACUGUAAAACAGUUUAAACAAAAGAUAAACAAUAUAACCUUUACUAAGAUAUGAUUUAUUACAGUCUGCAUUAGUUUGUGUACCUCCUGAACUGGCGAUAGGGUGUAUUUUAGACACAAAAAAAUGAGAUUUAAAUUCCAAAUUUAAUCAUCUUUAAGACUUCUUAAGUUAGCUUUUAGGUGGGCUUUGCGUCUUGGCAUGUUGGGAGAAUUUUCUCUGGAAACUUUUUACUGCAGGCAUACUUUACGAUUGAAUAAAAUGGAGUGUGACACGGAAGAUGUACCAUGCGUUCUGUCCUUCUCAAAUUGAGUAUUGCAGAAAAUACCAAUGUGUAGCUUGUACACAAAGCAGAGGACCUGGGAUUUUAUUAUGCUGUGCUGAUAUCCACAAGGCCAGAGCAAAUUCUAACCAAGAUUCAAGUUACUGCAGUUAAGGUGAUUCAAAAUAUCACAACGACAGUGUAAAAACAGCGGGGCUCGACAAAAGGUUUAAAGGUGCCGUCAGCCAUUGUACAAAAUGUUGCUGCAUGUGAUGGAGCAAUGUGCAAUUGCCACCUCCAUGCAAAACACAUAAUGAAUCAUUCUAACCUUGAUAAUAAUGCAUUGAUGCUUUUGAAUCACCUUGAUCUGCAGUGGCCCCAACUUGUGUUUCAUUUGUACAGCCUUUGUAUGUGUGUCUUUAUCACGUAACCCAGUUUCUUCCCCAGCAAGUUAGGCUAAGGGGUCCUGCCAAACCCCGAAUGCCAACCACAGCACCCCAUUUCUUUGUCUUCAUGAAGAAACUGCAACUGAGAGGUGGCGUAGAGGGACGAACCCUGGAAAAUGUCGUCCAUUUGGGUUCUUACGGAUAGAUACGAUGGGCGUGGUCACUUACAUGACCUUUCAGAGUAUGACAGCGGGUCAUGGAAUACAUCCUACCAGCUGUCGGAAGAAGAGGACAGGAUCGAGGCACUGUGCGAUGAGGAGAGGUACCUGGCACUGCACACUGACCUGCUGGAAGAGGAAGCCAGACAAGAGGAGGAGUACAAACGACUAAGUGAGGCUCUGGCUGAUGAAGGUACCUACAAUGCAGUGGCCUUCAAAUACAGUGCUGACUACUAUGAUCCCUCUCAGCCCACUGAGGAGGAGGAUGCCAACAAGGAAAGCGAAGAGGCAGAACCCGAGGAGAGUGAGGAACCAUUCGUUGCUCCCCCAGGGCUCGCUAUCCCUCCUGAUGUGGAACUGCCGGCAACCAUCAAGACCCAUAACAUCAUCGAGAGGACAGCCAACUUUGUCUGUCAGCAGGGGGCUCAGUUUGAGAUAGUCCUAAAAGCUAAGCAGUCUGGCAACUCCCAGUUUGACUUUCUUCGUUUUGACCAUUACUUGAAUCCUUAUUACAAACACAUCCUGCGGGCCAUGAAGGAAGGUCGAUACAACCUUGUUUCCGCCAGCAAGCAAGAGCAGUCGCAGGACUCCCACUCGGAUGAUUCAGAUGAGGAUGGGGACGGGAGUUACCUUCAUCCCAGCCUGUUUGCCCCUAAAAAAUGCUCUCGCCUGGAGGAACUUGUGAAGCCUCUGAAAGUAAUGGACCCAGACCAUCCUCUGGCAGCACUUGUACGAAAAGCCAAACAGGAAAGAAAUGGCACUGCAGCAAUGGCAACUAAACCAGAGGAAGUGCCAGACCCAGCUGCAUCCAGCACACCAGCACAGUACACUACGGACCCAAAUUCAGCUGCAAUGUACUACGGGUACUACAUGCUUCCUGAUGGAACGUUCUGCUUGGCUCCACCUCCCCCGGGCAUAGAUGCCAGCUCCUACUAUAACAAUAUGCCCUCAGCUGUCAUGGCUCCCCCUACGUCUUCUGUGACUUUGCCUAAUCUGGGAACUACACCCACGGCUCUUGAAACUACCACCUUGGCACCACCAGCUACAGCCCCCUCUCAGGUCACCAGCUCUGCUGCUUCUGCUCUUGUACCAGAAACCAGUGCAAAACCAGAAGCUCAAGUUCCCACACAAGCACCGCAAGCCAUCAUUCCCCCACCACCUGACAUCCAGCCAGUCAUAGACAAGCUGGCCGAGUACGUUGCGAGGAAUGGUGUUAAGUUUGAGGCCAGUGUACGUGCCAAGAAUGAUCCACGGUUUGACUUUCUGCAGUCUUGGAAUCAGUACAACACCUAUUACGAGUUUAAGAAGAAUUACUUCAUGCAGAGGGAAGGAAGGUUCUUGCCAGAGAGUGAGACAGUAGAUGGUGAUGAAGAUGAUGAUGAUGAUCAACUUCAAUCAGACACAUCAGCCAUAGACUCCAAGCUGACAAAAGCCUCUUUUGCCCCCAUCUGUUUUGCCAUCAAGGCAAAAGAAAAUGACAUGCUGCCGCUGGAAAAGAACAGAGUUCGAUUGGAUGACGAUUCAGAUGAGGACAAGUUGCUGGAUGAGCAGGGGCUACAAUCUGUGUUAGACGGGGCUGACAUGGUGGAGCCUCCUCCAGUCAGUGCACCAGAAGAGAAGAGGCCCUCUCUCAGUUUGGAGGAGUUGGAGGCAAAACAAGCCAAGCAGAAACUGGAGGAUCGUCUAGCAGCUGCAGCCAGAGAGAAGCUGGCCCAGGCAUCUAAGGAGUCCAAGGAGAAACAGCUACAGGCGGAGAGGAAGAGGAAGGCAGCGCUCUUCCUACAGACCCUCCGCAGUCCCUACGCUGGAGAGCCUGAGGCCAAGAGAGCUCAGCUAGACUCAUCUGCGCAGCUUGAGAUGCAAGAAGCCCUGUCUAUUCUGUCCUACCCUGCAUCUCCUCAAGUGUCCUCUGCACCACCUGCGUUUCCUCAGGAUCAAAGAACCGCCGUGGACAACCAAGGAGCCCAUCGCAGCAGGGAGGCCCCAUCCUGCUCAUCCUCUUACAAUACCUCCAGAGGAGCAGCCAGAGACAGAGAUCGAGACAAAGACCGAGAGAGAGACAGAGACAGAGAUAGAGACAGAGACAGAGAC